CUCCGUACGAGAGGAAGAUGUCUGUGAGCGCACGCACAUGCUGAAAAGAACAAGGGUCUGCCUCAAUUGCAGACGGUGACAUUUAGAUCGUGUCCCGCCUACAAGGCGUGGAGUCGUGUCUCCUUUCCACGAGUCUCUCACUGGGGACGGAGGGAUUACCGGGUGGACCAUAGAUGGCCCGGACACGGGGGAUUGUUUCUUCUUUUUUCCUGUAGGCUAUAACCACAACACACAGGUAUGCCACCCCCAGCUGACAUUGUGAAGGUUGCCAUUGAGUGGCCCGGUGCCAAUGCUCAGCUUAUUGAGAUGGACCAGAAGAGACCCUUAUCCUCUAUAAUACGGGAAGUAUGUGAUGGGUGGUCUUUGUCGGGCUCUGAGCAGUUCGCUCUCCGUUAUGCUGAUGGUCCUCAGCUUUACAUCACUGAACAGAGCCGCGGUGACAUUAAGAAUGGGACAAUCCUUCGAUUAGCAAUUUCCCCAGCUCGUGCUGCUCGUCAACUCUUGGAGAGGAUCCAGUCGCAUGGUAUUGAUGCUCGCCUCGAGGCUCUGAAGGAGCUCGCAAAGUUGUCUGCAGAUCCGACUUUUGCUGCCGAGUUCAUAAAUAUGGAAGGCAUAGGCACUCUGGCUCGACUUGUCGAGAGUGGCACGCAUUUUGGGGAAAUGUUGGCCUUCACUCUCACUGCGUUCCUGGAGUUGAUGGAUCAUGGCAUUGUAUCCUGGGAUCUGAUCUCCCUCUCCUUCAUCAAACAGAUUGCAGGUUAUGUGAACCAGCCCAUGGUGGAUGUGUCCAUCCUGCAGCGCUCCUUGGCCAUCCUGGAGAGCAUGGUCCUGAACAGCCACAGUCUCUACCAUCGCGUGGCCCAGGAGAUCACCGUGGGACAGCUCAUCGGGCACUUGCAAGUGUCAAAUCAGGAAAUCCAGACCUACGCCAUCGCUCUCAUCAACGCUCUUUUCCUGAAGGCGCCAGAAGACAGACGGCAGGAGGAGUAUACUAACCCACUGGAGCAGCACCUCACUGAAAUGGCAAGCACUUUGGCUCAGAAACACCUGCGGUCCAUAAUCCUAAAUCAUGUCAUCAGGGGAAAUCGACCAAUCAAAGCAGAGAUGGCACAUCAGCUGUAUGUGCUACAGGUGUUGACCUUUAACCUUUUGGAAGAAAGGAUGAUGACCAAAAUGGAUCCCAAUGACCAGGCUCAGAGGGACAUCAUUUUUGAGCUGCGUAGAAUUGCCUUUGAUGGAGACGCUGAUCCCACCGGUACAGAGAAGAGGAAAGCAAUGUACACCAAGGACUACAAGAUGCUCGGGUUCACUAACCAUUUGAACCCAGCCAUGGACUUUACCCAGACUCCUCCUGGGAUGCUGGCUCUGGAUAAUAUGCUUUAUCUGGCCAGGGUUCAUCAGGAUACUUACAUCAGAAUUGUGUUGGAGAACAGCAGUCGGGAGGACAAGCAUGAGUGUCCCUUUGGCCGCUGUGCGAUCGAACUCACUCGAAUGCUGUGUGAGAUUCUCCAGGUCGGAGAACUGCCAAACGAGGGCUGCAAUGAUUAUCACCCCAUGUUCUUCACUCAUGACCGCGCGUGGGAGGAGUUCUUCUGCGUCUGCAUCCAGCUGCUUAAUAAAACAUGGAAGGAGAUGAGAGCCACGGCGGAGGACUUCAACAAGGUGAUGCAGGUGGUGCGGGAACAGAUUACCAGGGCUCUGGCUAUGAAGCCGUCUUCCAUAGACCAGCUGAAGAACAAGCUGCGAGGCCUGAGCUACACUGAGAUACUGCGUCUGCGGCAGUCAGAAAGGAUGAGCCAGGACGACUUCCAGUCUCCGCCCAUCAUAGAGCUGCGGGAGAGGAUUCAACCCGAGAUCUUGGAGCUCAUCAAGCAGCAGCGGCUCAACCGGUUGUGCGAGGGAAGCUGCUUCCGUAAACUGGGAAACCGUCGAAGGCAAGAAAAGUUCUGGUUCUGCCGAUUAUCUCUUAACCACAAAGUUCUGCACUACGGGGAUUUGGAGGAGUCACCUCAGGGUGAAGUGCCUUUUGAGCUACUGAGUGACAAGAUCCAUGUCUCAGAUAUCAAGUCUGUGUUAACAGGAAAGGAUUGCCCUCAUAUGAAGGAGAAAAGUGCUCUGAAACAAAACAAGGAGGUGCUGGAGCUGGCCUUCUCCGUCCUCUACGAUCCGGACGAAACGCUUAAUUUUGUUGCACCGAACAAAUAUGAGUAUUGCAUCUGGACCGACGGGCUGUGUGCGCUGCUGGGCAGAGAGAUGGGCAGUGACCUGACACGCAGCGACCUAGAUACCCUCAUAAGCAUGGAGAUGAAGCUCCGCCUCCUCGACCUUGAGAACAUCACGAUCCCUGAAGCCCCGCCUCCAGUGCCAAAGGAGCCUAGCUCUUAUAACUUCACUUACAACUACAGCUGAGUUGUGCGUAUGCUUCUGUGUGUGCUCGAAUGCCAUGCAUGCAUGUAUUGACAAAAGAUACGUUUACUCAUCUGUUGAUGAAUUUAGCUGCUUAUAUUUAUAACAGUUUUUUUUUAGAACUUUAAACACGUUUAAGAUGCAGUACGGUUGUCAGACCUAAAAAAAAAAAAUGUAAUGAUAGCUUUAUGGUGUGGUCAGAGGUUAAAGUUUACUUAACAUCUGAGAACCCUGACAGCAUCUUCAUCUCCUCUAAUUCACAGGUAGAAAUUAGACCAGAGCUUUUAGUUUCUCAAUAAAAUGAGGCCGUUCUUGCUAAGUCAAGCUAUGCGUGGCAACUGGUAAUGUAGGGACUACACUUUCAAUUUAAAUGUUUAAAAUUUGUUGUGAUGCUGCUCGUUCCUCCACUUGUACAGUAAAAUACAAUCAGCUCUACAACUUUUCUCCAUAACUCAAUAUCAAGUUAUAAACAUUGGGCCGUAAUUAAGACGGACAGCUUUCUCUGCAGCAGCCCGGUUCUGCUAUGAAAUGAAAUGUUCACAUGCUGGGGAACUCUUCUGACAGGGAUUCAUUUUUGUCAACUAUAAAUAUCAGGACUGUAUUUGUGUCUUCACAACGUCUGUUGUUUUUCUGAGCAUUUCCUGAAUCUGCUGAUUCGAAGCCCAAAUUGGAUCACACAAACAAUCAACACCAGGCUAAAUUUGGUAAUUGUUACUGGAGGAGGCCUGGUGGUAAAACAGCUCAAAUCUGAGUUUACACACCUGGUGUCGCUGAUCGCUAAUCCUGCCUGAAUUAACUUCUUCCUCACAUUUUUUUGGCUGCUCUACAGGAUCAACUCACAAAAGGGGCUCAGUUAGUAUUCAGUUUUUAUUCUUUGUGUUGGGAUCUUUGUGUUCAUAUCGGUUCCCAAACUGUGGUACAAACACCAGUUGUGAUGCAGUCACUCUAAAAGGUUUUAGUACCCCUGGUAAACUGAUUUUUAUGAACUUGGUCACUGUAUUUAUUACCAAUAUAACAUUUUACUGAGCAUAUUGCAAACCUGCUUGAUGCAUUUGUAACAAACAUAAAGAUAUUUUAGCAGAGAACAUUUCUGUGUAGGAAGUAAAGAGGCACCAAUAAAUCUACCAACGAUUAGGAUCUGGCAGUUUUCUAAAGACAAAAAAAAAUGUUUUUCCCUACUUAUGAAAUGUCUUUAUUGACAUACAGUAUGUUUUGAUCCAUAAAUUACAUAAUGUUUUCUGUAGGAUUUCAAAGUACGGCCUCCGUCAAAGAACAGCACAUUUGUUAAAUCUAUAAGAUCUCAUAGUCCUUGGAAUAAGAAAAUCUUACUAAAUCAAAAUGAACAUUUGGAAGACAUUAAAAAACAGAAAAUUGGCAGCAGCCAAAAAAAAAACCCCUAAUUUCUCUAGAGGUAGACAGAGUAAUACAUAAAUUACACAGCAUGAGUUUAUAAUAUACUUCCAGUUCAACAGUGUUAAAAAGUAUGAAUAUAUUUUGUCAGUUCUCUGUUGUGUAUAAGAAAAAAAAGAAAAACAUUUUAUGGGUAAAUUACUUCAAUAUUUGAUAUCAGAUGACUACAACUACAUCAUGCUGGAUAUAUAGUACGUAAAGAUGGUUAUAAUAUAAAUGCUAUGUGUUGUUGUGUUUUCGCAACUUAAAGCAUGGAGUUUCAGUUUGCAUCAUAAAAACUUUCCUUACAUUGCUUAAACAAAGGAAGCCGCUUAUACUGUAUUUGUUUUACCUAUUUAGCAGUUUUACACAUCUGCUCUCACUGCACAGACCAGAGGAUUUAAGGAGCUUCUCUGCAAUCUACAAUUGAAACUUUGCUGGAUUUUCCAAUCCAAUAAAACACAAACUUUCCAUGUAGUGAAGAAAUCUAGUUCUGCUCAUGCAUCACAUGAACACAGGAUUGUGCUCUUUAUAUUUAGCAGUGUUGUCAUUUUCAAUUUCCCCGUAGUUCCUGCUUAUGGACCUUUAGCUUGUAAGCCGAUACUCAGCACUGCUACUAUUUGUUAAAGCUCUAUAGAAUAUUAUUUUUGUAAAUGACUUUACCUUCUUGUCAUUGGAUGGUAGCUAUAACUCUCAGUCUUCUUUCCAGUGUUUAAAUAUUAGUUGUUUUUUCAGGCUUCAUUUCCCCUUAGCAAUGUUAAAAUGAAGAAUACAUUUCUAAAGAUAAAUUGCAGAACGAAGCAGAAUUAUUCUAUUUUUACACAUAAAAGAUGAACAUUGUCAUAUUUUAGUUUAAAGGUUUUGUGAGCCUACUUUAGUUUGAAAAUCUGAUUUAUAGCAACAAGCAAUUUACUGUAAGUUGCACAUGCACAGCGCUGAACUGUUUGUUUUUUCAAUUUUUCCUCUGAGUUCAAACUGAUUUAAUAAAUAAACUCCUUGCUGUAUCAAAGAACAUGGCAAUGUUCGGUUUGCAACCCCAAACUCAGAAUGUAAACAUUAAUCAUGUUUAAGAUCAUUUAAAUCUGUGAAAUUAGACUUCUAUAAUGUAAAGGGACCCUGUGUGUUUUUGCAUUCAACAUGCUCAGUAUACACUGAAACAAAUCCAUGAUAUUGUUUUUUUUAAGGGCACCAUCACCAGGACCUAUGAUGUCAGCUUGUGUUAAUAAUAUAUGUAACUGUUGAUGGAUGUGGGAAUAGCAGAAUUUGUAUGCAAUUUUCUUUUUUUCCAAGUUUGUUUUUAAUCAGAUUUUGGAAAUUCAAGGGUUUUAGAAAAGGUUUGUGGCACCGAGAGUUUCUUAAAAGCUGUACAGCUUCAUCAUCUGAACAUGUGCUGUGUAAAAGAUGCAGUGUGCUCCAGGCCUGUGUUUACCAAAUGUUUUUCUAAUUUUCUGAAGCAGUGGGAAACGAGCUGACUUGCUCUUCCUUUCAUUAAUUCUACCUAAAGCAUUGUUCUCUAAACUCUCUGAGCCUCCAAGUCGGCCCAUAAUCCAACCAGUGACUGAACCAGUUGACGAUGUUCAGGCAUCAACUUCUGUUGCAAAAAUAACCAUUAUCUUCUACAAUAACUCUUGCCUUGAAUGAACAAAAAAUAGACAUUUUUAGACCCAUUAACUGUUUUUACAUGACUUACUUAAAAAAUGUAUUUACACUAUGUAGUGCUACUAAAGAAUGACAGUUAUAUAAAUAUUUGAAUAUGGAUAUAUACAUAUAGAUCAUUUUAUGUAUAUACAGUAAUGUCUUGCCUUAUUGAAGAGUUGUAUUAUGUUUUGUGUGAAUAAAGAAGUCCUGACUGAUG